CUUUGUUAGUGCGACGCUCUGUUUCGUCAAUCACAUGCGACGGUUUGCGCACGUGAAACGUAACUGUGACAGAAGUUCGUCAAAGAAACCUAAAAGAUGGAGAGAAGAGAGGAAGACGAGGACACGAAGGCGCUUGCUCAGACUGAAGAUGAAGAAGAACAAGACGAGGAGGAGAAGCGGGAAGAUGGUGAUUUUGAUGAUGAUGAUGAGGAGGAGGAGGAGGGAGCUGCUGCAGACAGAAGAGAUGAUGAGGAUAAAGAUGUUGGUGACAAAGACGCUGUUGAGGUAAAAGAGAAGAAGAAGAAGGUAAAGAACGUAUUUCAGGACAGGAAGUGCGUCCCUGGAAUCAUCUACCUGGGUCAUAUUCCUCCGAGGUUCCGCCCCAAACAGCUGAGGAACCUGCUAUCAGUGUACGGAGAGAUCGGACGCAUAUUUCUACAGCCUGAAGACAGACAGGUGAGGAAACGGAAGAAGAAGGCUGGGCUGCGGAGGUGUGACUUCACAGAAGGAUGGGUGGAGUUCAGAGAUAAACGUGUGGCUAAGAAAGUGGCGGCGUCGCUCCACAACACGCCGAUGGGAACCAGGAAACGCCAGCGCUUCUCCUCUGACCUGUGGUGCAUGAAGUACCUGCACAGGUUCCAGUGGAUUCACCUGAGUGAGCGGCUGGCCUACGAGCAGACGGUCCUAAACCAGAGGCUCAGGACUGAAGUUUCACAGGCGAAGAGAGAAACAAACUUCUACCUGAACAAUGUGGAGAAGAGCGCUCACCUGGACAAGCUGAGAAAGAAGAGGCAGAGAGACGGAGAGCAGGUGGAAGAGAAGACGUGGGACUUCACUCAGCGCCAGACGGAGGAGGAGAUCCAGAUGAAGAAGAGGAGGAAGAAGGACUCUGUUUUGCAGAAGCACCUGGACAAGGCCCGCCUCAUGGAGCAGAAGAGCCAAUCGAACGUCUCGCUUCUGGCCAAAAUUUUCAACUCCAAACCGUCACAAUGACAACAGAGAGAUGCUUCAUGAACUCCUGGACAAAUGUUUCCGUAGAAAGUGUAGAUUCCUUUCCCCAACCAAUCAAAGGCCAGUUUUGGCAGGGGCGGGGGCGGAGCAAAGGGAGUGGAGGAGAACCAAUAUGGAGGAGUCAUUCCACUUCCUUUUCAGCUCAUUGUAUAGAAAUUGUUGUGAUUAACUUACAGGUACAGAAGAGGGCGCCCAGUGAAGCUAAUGGCAGUGCCGCUAACAUGUCUGAGUUGAAAUACACAACACUUAUAUUUAGAUUUUAUUAAAGCAAAGUUGAGUUUGCUCAUAAGAUGCUAGCAUUCUGCUAAAACAUGCUGAUUGGUCUGUCACCUCGAAGCACGUUUCCCAGUGAUGACUCCCAACAGGCGUUACAAGCUUAGUUUAACCAGAGCAGGAAGUUUCCAUGUGUGGCUCCGGGCUGCUGACAGAAAUUCUCUGAUACUCACUUCAGCAGAAUGUGGUGCUGCGAGGUCUCUUAAACCUUCAGAAAGAUAUUUGACUGCAGUCGAAGAUCCACAGGGCCUCAUAUGGUACACGCUACCCUGUGAGUGUCCACUGUGAGUCUGGAGUGGGAGUUCUGGAUUAUAUUAAAAUAUUUUUGGAAAGAUU